UUUUGCCAUUAGAAACCCCAAGUCCUGGAGACGGAUCCUAUUUACAAAACUACACUAAUACAUAUUCUGUAAUUGACGUGCCAUCCACCGGAGCCCCUUCAAAAAAGUCUGUUGCCAGAAUCGACCAAACUGGAACAAAAUCUGUCUUCUCACAGAGUGGAAACAGUCAAGAGGUAACUCCAGUUUUUGUUGCACAAACACAAAGUUCUGGCCCACAAACAAGUACAACACCUCAGGUAUUGAGCCCCACUAUCACAUCUCCCCCAAAUGCACUGUCUCGAAGAAGUUCACGACUUUUUACUAGUGACAGCUCUACAACCAAGGAGAAUAGCAAAAAAAUUAAAAAUGAAGUUUCCACCUAAAAUCCCAAACAGAAAAACAAAAAGUAAAACUAAUAAAGGAGGAAUAACUCAACCUAACAUAAAUGAUAGCCUGGAAAUAACAAAAUUAGACUCUUCACUCAUUUCAGAAGGGAAAAUCUCCACAAUCACACCUCAGAUCCAGGCAUUUAAUCUACAGAAAGCAGCAGCAGGUUUGAUGAGCCUUUUUCGUGAAAUGGGGAAAGGUUCUUUAGCUUUGUGUUCAUACAACUGCAAAGAAGCUAUAAAUAUCUUGAGCCACCUACCUUCUCACCACUGCAAUAUUGGUUGGGUACUGUGCCAAAUUGGAAGAGCCUAUUUUGAACUUUCAGAGUACAUGCAAGCUGAAAGAAUAUUCUCAGAGGUUAGAAGAAUUGAGAAUUACAGAGUCGAAGGCAUGGAAAUCUACUCUACAACACUUUGGCAUCUUCAAAAGGAUGUUGCUCUUUCAGUUCUUUCAAAAAACUUAACAGACAUGGAUAAAAAUUCACCAGAGGCCUGGUGUGGAGGGAACUGUUUCAGUUUGCAACGGGAACAUGAUAUUGCAAUUAAAUUCUUCCAGAGAGCUAUCCAGAUUGAUCCAAAUUAUGCUUAUGCCUAUACACUACUAGGGCAUGAGUUUGUGUUAACUGAAGAAUUAGACAAACCAUUAGCUUGUUUUCGAAAUGCUAUCAGAGUCAAUCCUAGACAUUAUAAUGCAUGGUAUGGUUUAGGAAUGAUUUAUUACAAGCAAGAAAAAUUCAGCCUUGCAGAAAUGCAUUUCCGGAAAGCACUUGACAUCAAUCCUCAAAGUUCAGUUUUGCUUUGCCACAUUGGAGUAGUUCAGCAUGCACUGAAAAAAUCUGAGAAGGCUUUGGAUACCCUAAACAAAGCCAUUGUUAUUGAUCCUAAGAACCCUCUAUGCAAAUUUCACAGAGCCUCGGUUUUAUUUGCAAAUGAAAAAUAUAAGUCUGCUUUACAAGAACUUGAAGAAUUGAAACAAAUUAUUCCCAAAGAAUCCCUCGUUUACUUCUUAAUAGGAAAGGUUUACAAGAAGUUAGGUCAAAUGCCCCUCACCCUGAUGAAUUUCUCUUGGGCUAUGGAUUUAGAUCCUAAAGGAGCCAAUAACCAGAUUAAAGAGGCAAUUGAUAAGUGCUACCUUCCAGAUGAUGAGGAGCCAAUAACCCAAGAAGAACAGAUCAUGGGAACAGAUGAAUCCCAGGAGAGCAGCAUGACAGAUGCAGAUGACACACAACUUCAUGCAGCUGAAACUGAUGAAUUUUAAUUUCUGGAAAUCAGACUUUUGCAACUAGAUGUGUGACUAGUGAUGACAUGUUUCUUGUCCUUCCAUAUACUGAGUCUUCACUGUUGAGCCAGCAGUGUCAUCAUCCACCAUUUAUACCCUGAGUGUGCCACUUUCAUUGGACCCUGACUGUACACAGAAUGAAAGGCAGUGCAAUAUUUAGCUGCUAACAAGACUGGCUCUUUCACCAGUAUCAAUGACAAUUUGAGGGUAG